AUGCGGCGGGAAGUUGCCGACGGACAUGACGCCCAUGAACCAUUGAUCCGCGGGAGUGAAGAAGAUCUCCACCACCAUGAUGGAGACCCCGGACCAACCCCAAACACAAGUAUCCGGAGCGCGGCUCCCAUCGUCAAGUUCUUGACUCUUUCGGCCGGCAUUUCUGGAUUAUUGUUUGGUUUCGAUACCGGUGUGAUAUCGUCGACAUUGGUCUCCAUCGGAUCCGAUCUGUCAGGACGGCCGCUCACGACCACACACAAGAGUCUUAUCACUGCAGUCACGAGUUUGCUGGCACUUAUCUCGGCACCCUUUACUGGAGUGUUUGCCGAUAAAUAUGGACGAAAGUCUGUCAUUUUGGUACCUGCGCUGCUAUUCAUUGUUGGCGCUUUGGUGCAAGCCAUCGCGCAACAUGUAUCGGUCAUGGUCGCCGGGCGUGCCUUGGUCGGAGCAGCAGUCGGAGUGGCGUCUGGAGCAGUGCCGUUGUAUAUCACGGAGCUCGCACCUGCUGAGCUACGAGGAAGGCUCGUGACUGUACAAUCGCUCUUCAUUACUGGUGGUCAGGUGGUGGCGUACCUUAUUGGCUGGGGAUUUGCCUUUCUGCCUCAUGGUUGGAGGUGGAUGGUAGGCUCGGGAGCUGUUCCUGGCCUGUUACAGCUGUUUCUCAUAGCCUGGAUGCCAGAGACUCCAAGAUGGUUAUUGCAGACGGGACAAGAUGGAGAAGCAAGGAGUGUACUCAACGAAGUCUAUGCAGGUCUACCAGAGCACGACCGUGCGCUGAUCGUGCAGAAUGUGCUCGUCAGUGUACAAGCUGAGAUCACUGCUGAAGACAAAGCACAUUCAAGAAGCGACAGUGCUAGUGGUAGCAGCAGAUUUCGAGAUGCCACGAAGGACUUGUUUGCAGUGCCCGGAAACAGAAGAGCGCUAAUCAUCGCGUGCAUGCUGCAGGGUCUGCAACAACUCUGCGGUUUCAACUCGCUCAUGUACUUCAGCGCCACAAUCUUCUCCUUGGUCGGCUUCACUUCACCCAUCGGCACUUCAUCAUCCGUCGCAGUCACGAACUUCGCCUUGACACUCGUGGCCUUCAACCUGAUCGACACCGUCGGACGUCGAAACAUUCUGCUGAGAAGCAUACCAUUCAUGGUUCUGGGUCUCCUCCUUUGCGCAGUCGCUUUCUCCUUCAUCAACAUGGGCGAUGCCUCAGCAGCCGGCGACGUCUACAACCCAAAUGCCUCUUCCGUGUGGUCGAUUGUGCUCCUGAUCAGUAUGAUCUUCUUCGUGGCUUCGUACGCUAUAGGUCUCGGUUGUGUGCCUUGGCAGCAGUCUGAGCUGUUCCCCUUGCGUGUACGGUCUCUCGGAAGUGGGCUGGCCACAGCCACCAACUGGAGCAGUAACUUUAUCAUCGGCAUGACCUUUCUGCCAAUGAUGGGUAUACUGGGCGCCAGCGUUACCUUCACAUUCUAUGCUGUUGUGUGCUUUGUUGGCUGGUUCUUGAUCUGGAAGAUAUACCCCGAGACCGCAGGUCUAGAGCUGGAGGACAUUGGCGAGCUCUUGAAAGAUGGAUUUGGAGUGCAGAGAAGUGUGCGAGAGUUUCAAGACCGGCAAAGGACCAAGGUCGUGCAGAGCACUGUUGCAGAACAGUAA